UUCCUGUCCUCUAACAGGCUUCUUAAAGAAGAAAUCUGUGCAGAUGUCACUUUUUGUGUUGGUCAUACCCUAUUCAGAGCACAUAAAUCAGUGCUUUUAGCAAGAGUUCCAGAGUUCUUCAUAUACAGUACUGGAAAACAGUCAAGUAAUCUGAAAGACCAUGAAACUUUUCAUCUGGAGAACUUCGAACCCUCUGAAUUCAAAACAUUUCUGCAGGCUGUCUAUUCAUCUGAUAAAAACAUUAGGGAAAUCGAGGAAGAGACUCUGAGGAAAAGCGUAUGGGAGCCCAGACAAACACAGGAAGAUGAAAGCCUUACAUCUGGUAGUCUUCAGAACACUCAAAUAUCAGGUGUAAAAUGCAUUGGAUGUGAAAAAAGACCAUCUAUUAAUCAGCAUUUUCUGGACGGAGCCAAAGAUGCAGAAGUUGUUUAUUCACUUAAUAAUGAAAAGGGAACUCUAGAAGUCAGUGAUCCUGAAGACAAUAUAACUAAGCAAGGUAAUUCUGAACUAGAAACUGCAUCUGGGUUAGGAGAAGACUUAAUAAUGCUGUACAAGAAAUGUUGUUGUCCAGAUAUUAAUAUUUGGAUAGAAGGCAAACAGUUUCAAGCUCACAGGGCCAUUUUAUGUGCCAGGUCUAGUUACUUUGCUGCUAUGCUGAGUGGAAGUUGGGCUGAAAGCUCCCAAGAGCACAUCACUCUUCAAGGCAUAACCCAUGUAGAAAUGAGUGUCAUAUUGUAUUUUAUAUAUGGAGGAAUGCUGGACUUCCCACACAAAGCUGAUGCUGGUCGAAUACUGAGAAUUGCUGAUAUGUAUGGGCUUGACGGACUGAAAGAAGUAGCUAUCUAUAUUCUCAAACGAGACUACUGCAAUUUUUUUCAAAAGCCUAUUCCUGGAAGGCAGCAACAUGUGCUAGAAUGCUUGGCUAUUGCUCAUUCAGUGGAAGUUGAGAACCUUUAUGCUUCUUGCAUGAAAUGGAUAGGAAAACAUUUUGUGAAAUGUUGGUCAGAGAGGAGCUUUGCCAGUUUACCCACUGAGCUUCAGAAUAACUGUCUUGCUAUGAUGAUUCAGUCUUUGAACCACAAGAAUGCAGCUUUUCUUUUGAUGGAAAGUGACCAGCUGCUCAGUAGUCUUCCUCAAGUGAAAUGGUCUGAAACGGCUCUGGCUUUGGCAACUAGGCUUCAAGAAGAAUGCAUAGAAUUUAUUGUGACAAACUUCCCUUGUAUAAUAGAGUGUGAAAGUUUUCAUACUUUCUUGCAGGCACAGGCAAUGAGCAGCAAACCUGAUCUUCUAGAACAAGUUUUAAAAGCAAUCGAGAAAAACAUUAACAUUGAAAACAGUUGCUUUCUUAUUAUAGCUGUGGAUACUUUGUUGAUCUCCACAAAUGUGAAGGAAAUGGGUUUUACGUGCAAGAUCCAGGCUCUGCGUGAUAAGCUGUGGAUCUUCCUGGUUCAGUCUUUUUAUGCUGUUCGUCAUACAGAAAGCUGGAAGCUGAUGAGACCAGAUCAUCAAGAGAAAAUACAAGCAGAUGUGGUCUGAUUAGGAGGAACUGUCGGGAGCCAGACCACAUGCACACUCAGAAGCUGUGCGAAAGGCACACGAUGCCCGCCUCGCAUGCGCAGUCCGGCCGAACUAUGGCUGUCGAAUCUCUGACCUGCGGCACCGGAACAAGCCCGACACCUACAAUAGAGCACCUACGGGGGGACACACCUCAAAGAACCGUCAUUACUGCACAAGGUGAGUAACUUCCUUUUUCAUACUUGCUAAGCAGUUCAUCAGUAGUUCUUCUGGUCAUCACUAACCCAGCUAUUUAUAUUCCUAAUGAUCAAAUCCUGUAUUACUAUUACCUGUCUCUUCCUAAUAACUAGGAUUCCUCACUGUUACCUCAGUCCCUAUAUGUCACCCUUCUCCCCAAGAGGUAUCCUCAGUGCAAGAGAAUACCAUGAUGUCAUUUGGAAGAACUUAAAAAACUACUAAUAGUCUAGCAGAA